GAAGCUAGGUGGUUUUAGGAUACCGGUAAUUAACCACGCAUUCGACAACGAAAGCCAAUGGGGGGCGACACUCGCGGGGUAGCUUUUUACCGUCGAAGCAAGAGAAACCAUCGUCACAAGCGACACGGAAGGAAAAUCAGCAAAAACCGCAUACCGGUAGAUGCAAACUCGUCCACAAACUUAAAGUUACAAGUUACAAAGCAGAUGGGAGGCCAGCAAAAGCGCUUUUACAAGUGAACAUUGCAAAAAUUUCUCUUUAUCAGUUGUUAUCCGCGGCAAUUCAGGGGUGCUCAAUCCUGCAACAUGGCGGUGAUAGCAGAAGUUGAGGAGGAGCCCCGUCCUUCAACACCGCUGCGCUCAUCCCCUCGCCACCUCGACGCAACUGUGGGAUCCUCGGAAUCCAGCUCCUCCAAGUUCGAGAGCACUUUGCAGCGCCUGUAUGAAGAGCACAGCUCAAAUGCGUCCCAGCUCUUGGAGACGGUGUUUGACUUCCUCCAGAAGAAGUCAAACUUCUUCGAUGCCUCUGGUGCGGAGCAGAGGGUGAGCGAGAUGGUGCAGAAGGUCAAGAGGAGGAAGCUUGAAGCCAAGGCUGAGGCGCCGAAGAAGACCCCAUUAGCCCCUGCUCCUAGAGCAACACCCUCAGAGAAGCCCACCCCUGCGCCAGGGGCUUCAAAACCAGCAACACCAACUCCCAUCACAGAACCAUCCUCCAAAAGUCCUGAGUCGAAAUUGGAGGAAGCAGAAGGCGCGAGCGGGAAAGAACCUGUAAAGGAAGAAAUGGUCCCAGACAAGGAGGACGAGGAGAAGGGACUGGUCCCCAACCGUGGCAACGGCGCCGACUUAGAGAAGUACUCGUGGACCCAGACGCUGAGCGAGCUAUACAUCACGAUACCGGUGCCCCAGGGGACGAAGGCCCGCAUGGUCGACGCCGAAAUCAAGAAGACGUCGAUAACCAUGGGCUUGAAGGGACAGCCCCCGAUCAUCAAGGGCGAGCUGUACAAGCCGGUGAAGACGGACGACAGCAUGUGGAGCAUCGAGGACGGCAACACGCUGUGCGUGAGCCUGACGAAAGUGGAGCAGAUGGAGUGGUGGCGCGCGGUGGUCAAGGGCGACCCCGAGAUCAACACGCAAAAGGUGGAGCCGGAGAACAGCAAGCUCAGCGACCUGGACGGGGAGACGCGCCAGACGGUCGAGAAGAUGAUGUACGACCAACGGCAAAAAGCAAUGGGGCUGCCCACGGCCGACGAGCAGCAGAAGCAAGACAUCUUGCAAAAGUUCAUGGCCGCGCACCCGGAAAUGGACUUUUCGAACGCCAAAUUUUCGUAAGGUUUAGCAUGGAGUCUGUAUCGGUCUGGCCCGGUUUCUCCGCGACGGGGUAGAUAAGGGAGAUGUGGGGAACCUUCACCAGAGGGCAGCUACAGUAUGCCUGUAAGCAACAGAAUUAAGCAUGACACAGUUUGAAAAUACAUUGCGUAGACUUGGAUCAUGCUUCCAAUGGUUGAUCGAGCCAUAACCAAGCGUCGUUGUGUUUGUACCAUGUGCGUCAACCUCAUUAUUUUCUGCUGA